AGCGUUAAUGGUGAGUGAGAAACCUUACACGCUGGCACUCAUCACCAGUGGUGGAAUCGAGCGCUGUUUUUCUGUCAGGUUGGAAGAAAGUGUCAAAUCUCCAUUCUCCAUGUACUUUCUCAGUAGGCUAAUUUGCCUAAUGUGCCUCGUCGUCACCGUGAAGUUGGAGUGAUAUGUAAUUGGAGUAUGACGUCGCCAUUCAAAAAUGGCCGGGCAGGCCAUGCCAAUUCUCACAGAAAUUAUAAAUAUCGUCGACUUUCAAGUGUUGAGAAGGGGUCCGAUAAUAUCUAUGUGUCCUGUGAUGAAGAUGAAGAUGAAAUAUUCACCUCACAAGUCAUGGAAUUGAAGAAAGUAGGUGGGAGGUCAAAAAAAUUGUCUACCGACACUCCUGUGAGAUUUGUUUCUGAAUAUGAGCAGCUUGUAAAUCGCCCAAUCAAAAGUGGCGAAACUCUAAGGAGCAUCUCUCUGAAGUACAGAGUUCCUCUUUCAGAAUUGAAGAGGAUCAAUAAUAUAAUGCAGGAAAAUGAAUUCUUUGCCUUGAACACCUUAAAGAUACCAGUCAAGGCCAACUCAGUUUUAGCUGAAAUGUUGGAAGAAGAACAGAAAAAUCAAGGAGCUUGUGGUGAGGGACCAAGAAGCAUUAGUAGUGCCCGUGCUGCCCUUCUUGGUACUCGAAGCAUCGGUAGUUGUAGCGAGUAUGAGAGCGAUUCAGAGAUGCAUGUAGGUUACAUUAGUAUUGAUCGCAUCUUGAGAGAUACACGAACGAAGAGGGAAGCAAAGCGUUUUCUAGAUACAAUGCAGAAGGACUUGGCUGAAAUUCGUGCCAAAACAAACACUUACAAAGACACUUUAGAUGAGGCUGCUGCAGCUCUUAAUGAUUUACGCUUUCGUCCUUUAGAUCCAUCCGGCAGUGAUUAUUCAGGUGCAGAUUGGGGUCUAAACUGGUGGAAGAUAUUAUUAAUAGGACUUAUUAUACUUAUAGGUGUUCCAUUAGGAUUUAUAUUUUUUUAUUUCAAGAACAAUAGUUCAUCCUAGAAAUCUAUUUUUAUCAGUUAACAGAGUGCUCAGUUUUGUAAUAAACAAAGUGAGCUUCCUUUGAUGAACAAGGUUGUACGAAAAGUAUGUUGUAUUAAAAUUCUUAAAGAAGUAGAUUGAAUCAGAAUUAGGACCAAACUAUUUUGUUAUUUGUAAAAUGUGGAGAAUUCUUGUUGUGUGAUAUUUUUUAAAGAAGUUUAUAUGUAUUAUGAAUACCUUUUGUAUAGAAGCUUGUUGUCUAUUUUUAUAUACCAUAUUGAACUCUCAGAUUUUUUUAUUGAAGCUGUACUCUGUCUGGUGUCAGUUAGUGCCGUAUCUAGUGUUUCUUAUAAAGGGAAUGCAUGGUUUUAGGUCAGUUGUUUUACAUCUAAAAUCCAACCAGAUAGAAGACUUAGGUAUAAGUCAUGAUUUUGUACAGUGUUAUUUUAGCUAAUAUUUAUAAUGAUUUUUCAGUAUGAUACUUUUGCUGUUUAGAAGAUAUUUUUGCCUUUUUAAGGUAGCACUAGUAGGUUUGUUUUAUAAUGUAGAGGCCUAUAAAUUUUGCACUAUUUAUUCUGUUUUUUCGGGAGCAUUGGUUUGCGAGUGAUAUGUUAUUGCAUUGUGCUAUAUAUGAACUUUGGCAAUCAUUGCCAUUCCUAACUGAGUUUUUAUUUUCUUGAUUUUUUAUUUUUAUUUUGCAUUAGAACCUAACCUUACCUUACAGUUUUAUCAAAUGUGUUUUAUUUGCAGCAUUUCAAUCAGUCUGUUAAGACUUCAGUAGAAUUUCAUGGAUUGUCAUCAAAAUUUGUAAUUCCACAUAAGGAACAUUUGCAAUGUGUCUCCAUACUAUUAGCGUUCAGUCUUUUAUGAAGGUGCCGUAACUUAGAAAUGAAAAGCCAAAAAAUAUAGUUUGGUGUCUGACAAUAGGGAGAUUAAAGUUCAAAGUCUAUUUCUGUUGUGUGACCAGGGUAAUCCAUGGAUUUAUACAUGUUUUUAUGCCCUUAGGAGAUGCAGUCAACAGUUUUUGUAGUUGGGGGUUGUAAGAGUAAAGGUCAUCCUUAGAAGUUUUUACUAUAGGUGAUGUAAAUGAGAUGAUAAUUUUUAUUACAAUUUUGUUGGACAGGUGCCACCUGCAGAUUAAAAAAAAAAAAUUCUGACAACUGGGAAGGUUUUAUUAACAGUAUUGAAAAAAAAAUUUGUUUGAAGUUGGCAAUUCAGAUUUCUCAUGUUUAACACUGCAGAACAUCAUGUGAUUAGCAGAUGCCUUAGUAUUUAAAGACUACUUUUAUAUUAUGGUGUUCUGGUCAACAAGCCUUUUCUUGAGUGAAACAAAACUCAAAAGGCUGCGUUUUAUACUUGGUAAACCAUUGCUAAAUUGUUAUGGAAAGGUGUCACAGUAGUAUGUAUACGUUAACGUGAAAUGUCACCUGUAAGCGCUCGAUUCACUGUGGAAGAAUUUUCAGACCUUUUUGUCUUCAUCUGGAGCCCAAGCUUCACUUUAUAGGUGAACUGUUGAUAUUGGAAAUGGACGUUACUAUAUUUACAGUGUAAAUAUUAUUUAAUGAAAUAUCCUAGUAUCUCAUCUCUUGUCGAGUGUACAGUGUAUAUUUUGUACAGCAUUGCAUUUGUUGUGUAAAGGUUGUCUGAUAAAAAAUAACUAAAGCUUAAUGA